AUGUUGAAGACGUCACUGCUUGGAAGAGACUUCAACAGUGAGCCCAGCCCCUUGGACAACAGGUCCAAGUCACUCUCGGAGAGUAGAGGCAGUGUUGCUUCAGAGAAUGUCCAUCCUACUGAAGAAGCCAACAGAUUAUCGAUCAUGCAAACAUUGGUCCAUUUACUGAAAUGCAACAUUGGCACAGGACUCCUGGGACUUCCCUUGGCCAUGAAAAAUGCUGGCUUAUUGGUGGGUCCUAUCAGCCUGCUAGCCAUUGGGAUCCUCACUGUGCACUGCAUGGUCAUCCUGUUGAACUGUGCCCACCACCUCAGUCAGAGAUUGCAAAAGACUUUUGUGAACUAUGGAGAGGCCAUGAUGUACAGCCUGGAAACCUGCCCAAAUGCCUGGCUGAGGACCCACUCGGUGUGGGGCAGGUAUACUGUCAGCUUCUUAUUAAUUACCACCCAACUGGGAUUCUGCAGCGUUUAUUUUAUGUUUAUGGCAGACAACUUACAACAGAUGGUGGAAGAAGCCCACAUGACCUCCAACAACUGCCAGCCCAGGAAGAUCCUGGCGCUGACCCCCAUCCUGGACAUCCGCUUCUACAUGCUGACAAUCCUGCCCUUCGUGGUCCUGUUGGUGUUUAUCCAGAACCUCAGGAUGCUGUCCAUCUUCUCGACGCUGGCCAACAUCACCACCCUGGGGAGCAUGGCUCUGAUCUUUGAGUAUAUCAUACAGGAGAUUCCGGAUCCCAGUAGCCUCCCCUUGAUGGCGAGCUGGAAGACAUUCUUACUGUUCUUUGGUACAGCCAUUUUCACAUUUGAAGGCGUCGGUAUGGUUCUGCCUCUCAAAAAUCAGAUGAAGCAUCCACAACACUUUUCUUUUGUGCUGUACUUGGGGAUGUCCCUUGUCAUCAUCCUCUACAUCUGCCUGGGGACACUGGGCUAUAUGAAGUUUGGGUCCAGUACCCAGGCCAGCAUCACCCUCAACUUACCCAAUUGCUGGCUGUACCAGUCGGUCAAGCUGAUGUACUCCAUUGGCAUCUUCUUCACCUACGCCCUCCAGUUCCACGUCCCAGCUGAGAUCAUCAUCCCCUUCGUCAUCUCCCAGGUGUCAGAGAGCUGGACACUGUUAAUAGACCUGUCUGUCCGCACAGCCUUGGUCUGUCUGACCUGUGUCUCAGCCAUCCUCAUCCCCCGCCUGGACCUGGUCAUCUCCUUUGUGGGCUCAGUGAGCAGCAGUGCCCUGGCCCUCAUCAUCCCGCCCCUCCUGGAGCUCAUCACCUUUUAUCCUGAAGACAUGAGCUGUGUCACCAUUGCAAAAGACAUCAUGAUCAGCAUCCUGGGCCUUUUAGGUUGUGUAUUUGGAACAUACCAAGCCCUCUAUGAGUUGAUCCAACCCAUCAACCAUUCCAUAGCCAACUCCACAGGUGUCUAUGCAUAA